AAUCUGGUGAUGAUGAGGAGGGCAAUGCGUCAGACCAAGGAGAAGAAGAUGAAGAAGAGGAGGCAGCUAGGAAACGUAGAUCAGGACUCAACAAAAAAGGGGGUGAUGAUGAUGAAGAGGGACCCAGAGGUGGUGAUCUUGAUCUGGAUGAUGAUGAUAUUGAAAAAGGUGAUGAUUGGGAGCAUGAAGAAAUUUUCACAGAUGAUGAUGAAGCUCCUGGAAAUGAUCCGGAGGAAAGGGAAGAUUUGGCUCCUGAAAUCCCCGUUCCUCCGGAAAUUAAGCAGGAUGAUGAGGAUGAGGAUGAAGCUGAUGGGGAAGGAGGAGGGGGUUUGAGCGAAUCAGGUAAAGAGUUGAAGAAAAUUCUAGGAAAAGCUAAUGGGAUGAAUGAAUCAGAUCCAGAGGAUGAUGAUGACGAUGAUGAGGAAGAUGAUUUCUCAUCACCUGUAUUGGCUCCAAAGCUGAAAGUAACUCCAAAAGAGGAUCAAGCUGAGACCAGCAGUCCAGGGAAGCCACAUGGUUCGAGUUCCACUCGAGCAGGCUCAUCAGCUUUGAAGUCAACGAAGGGUAAAAGAAAAGCCAGUGUGGAUGAACCAAAAUCUGCAAAUGUUGCUGCUUCAAAAAAAGCGAAAACAGAAACGGAAGUGAAGCCAGUGAAAGAAGAAGCUAUUCCACCUGCUGCUAAUAACAGUAGCAUCCCCAACAGUUUGACAUCAUCAUCAUCUUUGACCCCACAGCCACCUGCAAGAACCGCUCCAACACCAGUGACUGAAGAUGAAAUUAGAGCUGUUUUGCUGCAGCAAAGGCCAGUUACCACUCAGGAUCUUGUCAACCAAUUUAAAUCUCGACUGAAAACAAAAGAGGACAAGAACACUUUCGCAGCUGUAUUGAGGAGAAUCUCCAGGAUACAGAAGACCGAAACUGCUAAUUAUGUAGUCUUGCGAGAGAGGACUAACCAGUAAGGCCAGAGUUGUGGUUUUCACUUGAUGAGUUCUCCAACCUCAACUGAUGAUAUUAGCGCAAGAUGCAAGAGGGUCAAGCAUGAAGUACUCUUUGUUUUUUGUAAAAAAAAAACAUUAUGGAGAGUAAAGAAAUGGACAAAGAAGGAAUUAACUUUGACUUUAUACAUGCAUUGCAUUUUUUUAAAUUUCAGUUGGUUAUUGCAACUUUAAAUCUCAACAUACAGAAUGAAUGUUGCUUUGUUAUCAACUUUUUGAUUGCAGGAAAAUAAGUUGUCUCAAAUGAUUUCAAUAGUUGAUGUAUACAUAUUACCCUAAAAAA